AAAGUGAAAGUAACCAAUUUACUUCCGCUUUCUUGGUGGAUAUGUCAAAAUUUCAAGUUCUGGGAAAUUCCGGGGAAAACAUAGCUAAACAUGUCUGAUUCCAGUGGUAGUUGUGUUAGUUCCCCAAAUAUAAAGACACACUCUAUAACAGAUGACUACAUUGUUUUAUGGAAGGAAAAGCUGGGAACAGGCAUAACUGGUCCAGUCAGGCCAUGUAUCAAGAGGGAUACAAGGGAGAGGUAUGCCCUGAAGUGUAUGAUGGAUGGACCGAAGGCCCACACCGAGGUCAGACUCCACAAACUGUGCAGUGACCAUCCAAACAUUGUAAAGGUACUGGACGUGUACGCAAACGAUGUCCUCUUCCCAGGAGAUCCUCACCCAAAGGCACGGUUGCUUAUGGUGAUGGAAUUCAUGGAGGGAGGGGAGCUGUUUGACAGAAUCAGUAAGGAGAGCAAGUUCACAGAGAGGAAGGCUGCCACAUACCUCAGGGACAUCGCCGAGGCGGUGCACAGGUGUCACAACCUGAAUGUGGCUCACAGGGACCUCAAACCCGAGAACCUCCUCCUGAAAAACAACUCCGAGGAUGCUGAGAUUAAGCUGACAGACUUUGGUUUUGCUAAGGUGGACGACGGAAACCUACAGACUCCUCAUUUCACACCUUAUUAUGUAGCACCUCAGGUUUUAGAGGCUCAGAAAUUUAAAUCCAAACAGAGAAAGGGGGUCAUACAGACCUCUAAACCAUAUACUUAUGACAAGAGCUGUGAUAUGUGGAGUGUGGGGGUUAUUCUGUACAUUAUGCUGUGUGGUUAUCCCCCUUUCUACUCAGAAACUCCCUCUAGAAACAUUACCUCAGAAAUGAAAAGAAAAAUUCUGUCUGGGAAGUAUGAGUUUCCGGAGGAGGACUGGAAGUUUAUUUCUGAUGCUGCCAAGGAUGUUGUCAGGAGGCUGUUACAUGUGGAUCCUAGCUGUAGGAUGAAUAUUUAUGAGCUGAGGGUCCACCCCUGGAUGACAGAGGCCCCCGACACUAUUCUACAGUCCCCCGCGGUCUUCUCCAAUAAGGAAGGCCUAGAGGACAUUAAGUUAGCACAUGCUGAACAGCUCACACAACUGAGAUUACCAGAUAUAACAAUUAAACUGAAAUCAGUCAACGAGUCGCAGAGCACCAUCAUCAGAAAACGCAAGCUCAGACAGAACAGUUUUGAAGAGUGUGACAAACAGACUAAACUGAAGAUAAAAGAAAAUGAUGUAAAACUUAAACCACUAAGAGACAUAAUAGCCUACUGUGUGUUGCCACCAAAAGAUGAAAAAGAUAGCAUGUUGAACAGUCUUAUAUUGAAUGCUGUGAACAGUUCAUGGUGCCAUAACAAACUUCUGUCUAUACUACAGCGGUGGAAUUGGGACGGAGAAAAAUUUCAAACAAAAGUGGAGAAAAUGAAGCUAGCUCAACACCUGAGUGAGUUUGUAAAGUCAGUGACUGAUGUAGCACAGGAGGAUUUCAAUAGCUGAUGUUUAGUUUCUGGUAGACCGCUAUUUAUACUGGAACUCUGUACAACAAGUUGUUAGCAGAAUUCAGACACGGUGCCUCAAGUAGAACAUAAUCAUCAUAACAACACAGAUUGAGUAUUUUAACUUAUUAAGAAAGUGGCUUCUUUUACUACUGACUGGUUCUUUAUUUCAGGGAAUAUAUGUAACAGGGUUUGAAAUGACUGUUUGACUUUUCACAUCUUGCUCUGGAUUGAUAUUGAAGUUUUGACAUUUUUUUUUCAAUUUUAAUUACAUUGUAUGUAACAGUUUACAGUGAUACGUUGGAAAAGAGUAUGAUCUGAAAUCCAUUUUCUCACUUGAUCUAUAUAAGACCAUCAUAGGCAGUGAUUACAGGAUCAAUUUAUAUAUCUUGUGAACUUUGGUUACUGUAAAAGUUGGAUAAAGUACCCCAUGGGAUAUCUUAUUUAUACGUGAUGCAAGAUUUGCAUGGACCUUAUGCAUAUUAAUGCAUUAUUUGGUGCUUAUUUAAAACUGAUAGUAUUAGGACUCAACAUUGACGUAUGUCAGAUUGUCCAUGUCCAAUACAUCAAGUCAUUCUCUAGACAUGCAUGAUAUAUAUGUUGUGUAUAUAAAAACUACUUAGGAAUUCAUUAUACUUCAACAAAUGUUUUCACUGUGAUCAACAUUACAAUCUAAGGCUGCAGUUUUAUUUCAUCAGAUAUUGUUAACAAACAAAAAGACUAGGUAAAUGCAUGAAUUAGUGAUUUUUUUCUUCUGGAUUAAGCAAAUCUUUUUAUGUCAGUUUUAUUUGUUACUUUUUCAUUUUUGAAAAUAAUUUAAGCUCUACAGAUUUCUUUAUAUUUGUAAAGAUAUGAAUAAAU